UUAAAUCCAAGCUACAGCUCAGCGAAUCCCUAUUUGUUGCUUGUCUAUAGAUUUUUUUUAUACUAAACAAAAAAAUGUCUAUGGUUAUUUUAGUAAACAAAUUCAAUUUUGCACCUGCUGCAUGUGCUCCAUGUGUUAUAAUUGUUUAAUACCAUGCAGUUUAUAUUGUGAAAACUGAAAUAAUUAAUAUGUCGGGGUACUUGGAAGUGAAGUAUCCGUUCAGAUCGAACCUGGGAUUGAAUCCUUUCAAGUCCUGGAAGCGACAAUGGUGUAUUUUGCGACCAAGUCCUACAUGUUCGGGGGGAGGAUCUCUGGCUGUGUACUGUAGCGAGGCGGGCGCUCCGGCUGGGAGUGUGGAAUUACCGUUGGGCUGCGUAGUGCGGAGGGCGAAGUCUCGCACUCGUCCCCACGCCUUCGCUGUGUUUUCUGACGACGAUCCGCGUAAACCCCGCAUACUACUCGCAGCUCAGUCCCUCAACGACGCUAACAUAUGGAUGGAAAAAAUCAGAAGCCUACUAGCCAGUACCAAAUUACUGGGCUCCGAAAGCUCUCUAAAAGACACUUAUUCUGUGACCAUUGUCACAACUGAUUUGUCCCGCAAGUGCGGGCUAAGUUCUGACAGCAACUUGACACUGUCAGCCGCUGGGCUCCUUGUGUCUCGAGGGCCGAAGCUGGCCUCCAUGAUAGACUGGAAACAUAUCAGUGACGUGCUACUGGUCAGUGAGAAUGCUGACAGAAACCGAACCUGUGUUGUCAUUGUUGAUAGUGAAUUUCCGAGCGGUCGCGGCGAGCUGAAGUUCUCUAGUCCGCUGGCCGGAGACCUGGCGGCGGCGGCGAGAAAGUGGCUGGCCGACGUGCCGCGGACUGGCGGCAGUCUGAGCAGGAGCGACGGAGACCUGCGGAGACAUCUCCAAAGCACCGGUGAGGUCCGUCGCAGCUCCAGCUGGUACAGCGGACCGUCCGAAGUGUCUCUAGAUGAUAUAGAUCUAGUCAUGUCUAAGGAAUCCAAGCGCAUCCCAGCGGGGCAGCUGUCGCACAGCGCACGCGCGCGCGCGCUCGGCGCCGACGAAAGCAUGUCAGACCGUCGUUCGUUGCUGUCUAUCGCGUCCGGCAUCUACGAGGAGAUCCUGGACGUGCCGCGGCCCCCCGCGCCCCCCACACCCGCUGUCACCCCCGCCGUCACCCCCGCCGUCACCCCCGCUGCCACUCCUGCUGCAACUACCGUUGAAACUCCGGCGGUGACCCCUGACUUGGACACACAGUACUGUCCCAUGAGCCGUCCAAUAGGAAUAGGUUUGGGACUAGAGUGGUUGGUGUCGGAGGAGCCCGCGUACGAGUCAGUGUCGGAGUGCGUGUACGCGAGCGCGCGGCGCGCGCGUCGGCCGCCGCCGCUGCCGCCGCGGUCAAAACUGGGCGAGUCGUGGAGCUCCCGCGUGAUUUCCCCCCCGGCGCCCUCGCCCUCGCCCUCCCCCUCCCCCUCCGCCUGCCCCUGCCCCUCCCCCGGCCGCCACGGCUCCCUGGGCUCCCUCCCGCGCUGCUGCAGCGUCUCCUCCGACAGCACGCUGCCCAAGCGGCAGCCGUUCAGCGUGUUCAGGAAAAGACUGAAAAGCGACUCCCGCCUAAUCAGCUCGCCCAAAUCGGAAACAUCCAAGGAGAACAAGGGCGUGGAGCCGAAGAAGAAGCGCUUCGAGUUCACCCCCACGCGGGACAUCUUCAAGAGCUUCAAGGUGGGCCGCCGGAUGAAGAACCUGAAGAUUAGCGGGGGCCUCACCAAGGGCGAGACCAAGAGUUGCGAAUUCUUGGACGAGAGCGAACAUGUCGCUCCUAAUAGAUGCUCGAAGUCCGUGGAGUGCCUGGAAGACGAGGAGGAGCUGGACGCGGAGGAGGCUCUGCCGCCCUCCCUGCUGCCGCACGAGCUGCUCCGCCUCCUCCUCCGCCCCGCGCCGGAGGAGGACUACCUCCCCAUGUGCCCCGCGCUGGCGCCCCCCGACCACUACAUGGUCAUGUCGCCCAGGAACAUCGCCGGCGUCUGAAGCUUUCUGUGAUACUUUGGUAAGUCUUAUGUUAAAAAUUCUGUGUUAAUCCAAAGUUAUUAGUAAGUGACGUAGCUUGCAAUUUGUCAAAUGUUUUGUGUAACCAUAACACUUGUUGUCUUUGUUACUCUUUUAAGUCGAUUUGUUAAAGAAAAGAGACGGCAAGUGUUAUCUAACAUUUUGUAAUUUAAGAGCAUCUAAAAUUUCGCACUGGUUUUUAAAAUUACAUUAAAAAACUGAUGUGUUCGUUGCAGGUGUGAGAUUGUAAAAGUUUUUUUUUCUUUUUGCGAAAGGAGUCGCGGCCAACACUUAGUUUAAAUAGAAUGGGCUUGAAGACAAAUGAACGGAGAAUUCAUGUUGGAAAGGUCAAUGUGACAGAACAAAGUUUAUACGAAUUUUUAUUGUGAGUUAAGAACAAAAUCGAUAAUAAAAUAUAUCGACGAAAGACAUGACAGAUUAAGAAAAUAAGCAUAAUAUCGUGCUCAAAAUAAUCUCUUGUCUAUGGGGUGUGUUUCUAUCCCAUCCUUAAUAAAUAUUCUUUUAUGGGAAGGUUUCUAUAUCAAUCACACUUUCCCAUAGCUUAAUUACUUAAUUUUAUUGUAAGUUUUACAAAACAAAAACACAAAAACGUUUGAUCUUUGAAAUAUUCCUAUUGUUGUUCCUUUCCUGGCCUAAAAUAGACGGAUUUUAAUAAAAAAAACUAAUCAAUAUUUUCGAUGACCCAUAAAACAGAUGUUUAUAUUUUUGAUAAAAAUGUAUAAGCCAGCCAAUCAUUUACAGAAUUAUGAUUAUAAACCGUUAUUGUACAAUAUUAUUAAUAUGCAUACUUUUUUUUUUUUCAAGUUGAUUGAACUAUUCACUUAUAACUGAAUGAAUUUAUUCGUUCAUUCAUUCACUAGAAUAUAUUUAAACGACAGGAUAUUAUAUAAGUCCCGAGAUACACGGUAAAAUCACAGGAGUAAGGAAUCGGAACAGAGGCUUAGUUUUCGAAAUUUGUACCUAUUUUAGUAGGGUUGAUGUUGAGAUUUAAAUAAAUUAAACAAAACAUUUAUUACAUUUCCAAUCUAACGAUUUAUAUUUUUUUUCUAUCGAUUUACACUUUAUUAAAAACAAUUCAAAAUUUUUGUAAUGUUUACUGUGAGGAUCGGGUAACAUUGUCACAGCCGUUACGCAGCCCUGAGCUUGUCUACUGGCCGAGUGCUUGUAAACCGGUUUUGUCCAGUUGCGGCGCGUACGCGACAAGCGGCUAGUGGACACGCACACAUGUGCUGUUCCAAUUGUCUACUCCUGUGGUAGAAUACCGACUCGCAAAGAAAUUAGUUUAUCUAACGCGCUUAUUUAUCGUUUUCUGCAAGUUCUAAAAGUUACAUUCUAUUUUGUUUAAAAUAUAUUUUGUCCCGGUCUCUCACGUCAAAUAUUGUAAAGCUAGCAGCCCGUCCUGGCUUCGCUCUUGUAAAAAUAUAAUAAAUGAUGUGUCUAAACCUUCCUCUUGAACUGACUCUUCCUAAACUGCCUCUUGAAUCACUUCAUAUGAUCUAAGCUUACAUAGGGACAGACAGACAGCGGGAAGAAUUGAUGAUAUAAGGACAAUACAUAUUUCAACCUAAAUAGGCUAUAAUUUAUAAGGAAGAGAAUGAGACGUUACCAAACGGUUAGUAUGAUGGAUAUUUCUAUGAUUCAAUGUAUUCUGAAAGUAUUAUUUCGUGUGACGCAAUAUAAGGUUGUGUUUUUCACCAGAGGUGUACGAGGAUGUAAUUUUGAAAGUUGAAUGUUAUUCGAUCACAUUUCUAGUGGAAAUUCCGCCGAAUUUCAGUUAUUUCCACGAUGACUAUAGUCAUGGUUUGUAAUAAAAAGUAGCCAAAGAACGAUUGAAAAUAACGCAUGAGAAGAUUAAAUUCGAAUUGGAAUCGCGCGCGCUGCUUUACGAUACGAAUAAAGAUAAUUGCAAUAAAAAUGCUUGCGGCGCCAUUUUGAAUUUUAUUCUUUGUAGAUUCUUAUGCACGUGAUUGUUAAUGUGUUAUUCAUAAAAGUUUGCAAACUAUGUUGAUUAAGACGCUAUUUAUUCGCACACUAGCGACACUACCACAAUUCUUUACACAGUGUGGCGUAAUUUGACAAAAUAUUUUUUUUAUUUUUCUCUAAAAAAAUAAAAGAAAUUGAUAACAAUAUAACAGUGGCGUUAGUGUGCGGCUAGAUAGGGCCUGAAAUGUGUUCUUGUCUGUAUAUAUUAUUUGCAUGGAAUUAGUAGGUACUACUUACUAAAUCUAUGAUUAUAUGUCAUUGAUAUAACAAAACAAAAUAUGUAUGUUAAAAACAAUUCCACGAGAGUUUCUAUAUAUUUAUGAAUAAGAAUAUUGACAGUUGCUCGAGUCAGAUAAAAUUACAUUAUACAAUGUAAGUUAAAGACACCACGUUUGGAUGUGAAUUUUGAUAUGAAAAGUGGUGGACGUAGCCAAAUAUUGUUAGAGAAGAAGUCUAGUAGGAAUUGUAGGAUAAGAUGACUGCCAGCGUGUUCGGCACAGACUGUCCCCUUCUAUUGAAGGGCCAAAUGCUCAAUCACUAUACUGAUAUGGCCAACUAUCAGCGUAUUUUUUUAUAAAAGUAACACAAAUGGAAAGUAUUGACGAGUUUCGAGAAUAUCUUUGUUUUAAACCUUAAAAAUUUAUGUGAUUUUGACAAAGAUUUUUUACACUUUUAAUCGAAUGAGAUAAUUGAAUCGGACAUACGAAUAUUAUCUUUACGGCCACUGUUUACAACAUUUGUUUUAUGUAAGGUAUAGUGAUUGAUGAUUAGUACUGAAUUGUAUUUAGAAUAACUUGUAGGGUCACUAUAUCAAAGGGAAGACUGAGGGCAAGACUAGUGUAUUUUGGUAACGUUUACUUUUGUAAACUCUGUUUCUGAGUCACACGGAAUAAUGGAUGCUUCGAACUCUUUUUUCUCUCUCUAAUAGAAGAGUUUAGAAAACAGUUAUAAUAAUCUUAAUAAAUUAUAUAGCUGUUUAUGUAAUUCAAAUAACUUAAAAGAAAAGCACUAGAGAUAAAUGAAAAUGUUUUAAAAAUCAAAACAAUUUCAAAAGGUCAUUGCCCGAUUUUCAGUCUGACUCAGAAACGGACCUUAGCAGUAUUAAGGAAAAGAUGCGGAGAAAAGUAAAUUUAUUGGCUUAUUUCACUGUAUACGGCUUGAUUUGCGCUAAUGUGUUGUGAUAUAUAAAUUAUUUGUUAUAUAUUGGUAUGGGCUUAGCUUCUGUUGAUGUUGUCCACUUAUAUGGAAUGCGUUGUGUCGACAUUCGACAAUUUGGGUUGCCAAAGUGUGGCAAAGAGUGGAGGAAUUUUAAGUCUAUAUAAUUUAUUGUCUCUUGAAAGUUAGCAUGUGUUUGGAGCAGUGUUUGAUGACAAAUAAAACGUUGUAUUUUACCAUGAUCAGAUUGAUUCAAUUGCCAUGAUUCGCUGACUCUCGACGAGACAAAAAAGUUUGUUAUUACUGCUAUAGCAGUCGUGUGUCCGUGAAUAUGUUAAGGCAUGAGAUAUACUGAAUAUUCAAAAGCAAUUUGCGUUUCAGACAAUGACGGAACUAAUGUUUAAAAUAUCAUUAGUUCAAAUUAUAUUUCAAUAUGUCACUAUUCUCAGUAUUACGCUUUAAUAUAUUGUUAAAGUCAUGUGAAAUUACAAUAACUCAAAAUGUUUUUAUGAAAAUAUCUUUAGUAUUAGAAGAUAUAUAAGGCGCAUGAGACAUUUUUCAAAAUCGAGUUAUAUUAUAUAAGGUAUAUUAUAUACGUAUUUGAAAUCCUGUUUUUUGCUAAGUCUGAAUUUGUAUGAUAAGAAACAUGUAUUAGGAAUAUACGAGAAACGGGACAGAACGCUAUAAUAUAUUUUGUCUUUCAUCGUGUGCCAGUUUUUACAAGGGCAGCCUACCGCAUGAUUAAUAAAUUGCCGGUAGGCGUAUUGAAUAUUUUAUCUCAUGUGGCUACGCUAACCCCUUGUCUAAAUUUUUCUUUGUCUCUGUUAUAUACAAAGACAAUAUUUUGAAAAAUGUCAGAUGCUACUUUUCUUUAAAACUACAGUUUUGUGCAAAAUUCAGCGAGUUUGACAUAAAACCAGCUUAGCUUAUAACUUAUAUCUCGGUUAUGCAUGCACACCGCCUGACAAAACUUAGUAUAGUACUUAAACAUAAUAUCAUGCUGUGUUCGAUCUUGUACGAUGUCCAUUUGCGUGUGUCAAUUUAUAUAAAGUUUUUCUGUAGCCUUUCCGAGUUUAAUCAUUUUGUUAUUUUGUGUUGAUUUAGACAUUUUUUUGUUUUAGUACGCCCAUUUGUAUUUUUUUUAUUGAAUUUUAGUUAUUCAAAACUGUUUUACCUGUUCGGUCGCUGAUUCAGAUCAGACUCGGAUGAACUAAUAUGCUCUACUCGUGUAAGUAAGAGAGUGAAAGCACAGUAUUACAAAACACUUAGUUAGUUAUAAGCGUGUGUUGCUAGUUGCAACAUUAAUCAAUUUGGACUUUUUAGUUUUUUUUAAAUGGUUUCGGCAACAAAAAACGUUUUAUUCAUGUAAUUGAAACGCAUGGGCGUAUUAUUUUCAAAACUGUAUAAACUAAAAGGAUACAUUUUUAAGUUUUGUUUUAGUUUAUUUAUUUUCGAUUUGUGGCAUGUUUUAUCCAAAUAAAGUUUGUAUGUGUACUGUA